AUGAAGGAUGGCAAGCGCAAAAGGGACUACAACAAAGAGACCCGGGCGUACGAACAUGCCCAGAGCAUUGAAUGGGACGGGCCAAGGAACCCGCUGCAGCCGCGACAACACUUUGAGGAGCGCGAAGGUGUAAACUUGCCAUGCUACAUUGAUGACAAGUAUGACACAUCGGACAACUCCACCAGCCAAAAAGAUGAUGGUGGCGAUGACUUUGACGAGCACUUGGAGCGCCUGGUUGCACUCCCUGCGUCGUUCCGGGGUUAUCAUACGAAUGCUGGGAAGUAUUUGUAA